AAACACAACCAGCCGCUAUAUGGUUAAAUACAGCAGCUUUCGGUUCGUUUUUAUGGCUUUAUAUCUACGUCAUGGGGUAUAAAAAAUGUAAUUAUGCCCUAUUAUCGAGUUCGAUUAGUAUUAACAAAAUAUGUUGGUCUGCGGAGUAUUGGAUCUCGUCCCGCUACCAUGAUCCUCUGGCAAACUAUAAACAAAUUGACUUUUUACAUCCAGCUAGUUACAUCAUUAUCGAGUACAAGGUCGUAAUAAAGCUCAUAUUAAAAUUUAUAAUGCCCACUUUACUUUGGUAAAUUUACUUAAUGCAUAUGUAUAUCUGAUACGAUCGAAUUGCAGUGGUACGCGUUCUUCAAUUCGCUAAAUCUGAUAUGGUAAAAACGUUCUUUUUAUAUCCUAAAGAUACCAUACCCAAGUAUCCUUUCUUUUUUCUCUAUUAUUAUCACAUUCACAAUUACACAUAUUACCAUAUAAAUUCUUUAAAUAAAUAUUUUCGUAUAGACAAUUUUAAUAUCUGAUGUUGUUUGAUAUAAUCUGACGUAUCUAAGGUAAAAUAAAUAGGAAGUAGAGUAGAGCAAUUAAUGGGAAAUAUACAGCGCCAUCUAUUCUGUACGCUAUACUAUGAUGCUGUACCGAUUCUAAAGGGGGACGUAUUGAAAUGCUUGAAGAAGACAUACGAAGCCAUGCUGGAUUUUGUAUAAAGUGAAGUGCUUGAUAGUUACACUUGAUGUCUUUUAUAUGCAUAUUUGUAAUCGAAUAAAUAGAAUUUUGGAUUUUCGCGUAUAUAUGGUUCAAUACAUAAAGAAGAGAAAGAUGUGGUAAAGGAAGAAUCGAUUUUCGAUAAUUUAUGAUCUUUCUAUGCGAAGACGGCCAGUUUAUAUUACUUUGACCCCAAACACGUAACUUAAAACUCUGUAGUGUCAUAGAAUGGAGAUUAUCUGUAUUUUGGGAGAAAAUCGCGCUUGGACAAAUCAUUCGUAAUGGUUAAAACGUGUCACGAAAUAAUUUAAAUAUCGAUUUAAUAUUGAUAUUUCCUAGUAGUUAUUACUAUUUGUCUACACAUAUGUAGAAAUAGAAAUUUAUAACCAUAUGGGGUUGUGAAUGAAAGAACUUUUCUCUAUAUAUAUUUACAUGCUAAUCUUUAUGUUUAAAACAUAUCGAAUGUAAUUACGUUUGAUGAUUGUACGGCUGUUGCAAAUAUGAAUAUUGAUAAGACUACAGAGAAUUACGAGAUGGAUCAGAAAUGCUUUAUAGCAUGGAGCCCUCUAGAAAAGAACGAUUUCUCAUUUAAACAUAGAUACAUAACAUGUAGUAGAUCAGUUCCACAUAAAAGCAAACGUCUUGCUAAGUACAGGCUGAGUCGAUCCUUGAAUUUUGAUGCGAGUGCCUGUAAUUCCAAUUCAGAAAACAGUUCUUUCGAGGAAGACAAACAUUUAUCUAGAUCUGCUAAGAUAAUGAGAGCUUUAAAUUUCAAUAGUAGUCCUACCUAUUAUGGAAAAACAAAAAUCAAAAAGUCAUUAAAUUUUAAUUUAACUCCUAGUCCAAAAAGUUUUAGGCACGCGAAGAAAGGUAUACGAAAAUCUUUGAGCCUGAACUUUAGCUCUCCUCUGUCUGUUCCUAAUAAAUUUUUGAAUCUCAAUGACAAUCCUAGCGACUCGGCAAAUAGUACUUUAUUAUUUUCAUCCUCUGAUUCAAUCGACGAAAACCAAAAUGAGACACCAUUGCAACAAAGUACAAAGGAGCAUGAAAUGCUGCAUUACUCUACACCUAAUGCGAAGUAUACUAGAAAAUCGUCAUGUCAUUCAGCAAGUUUUACACCAUUACUACGUAGUCGAUUGAAGGAGACCAUCGACAACAUUGUUUAUGUUGCCGCGACACCCAAUUCGCAGUCAUUAAAACGUGUCAAAGGCAGAACAAAAUAUACAAAUAAUAUUACCAUGAAUACUUCGAGGAACCUUCUUCAUGAAUUUCACGAUAAAGAUGACAAUAGAUCGUGCACACCAAAAAAUCUAAUUUGUAUAAUUCCAGAAAGUAUGAGUGCUAUUAAAAGAAGUCACAAGAAGGAAAGAUCGUCAAGGCGCAGCGAUGGCUAUACAACACAAUUUACAGAUAGUUUUGUAAAAAACGAGAGCGUACUUCAAGAUAGAUUUAGUCGAUAUAGUAAACAGAUUGAUCCAUUUCAAGAUUCUAGAUCGGAUAUAGAGCAAUGUGCUAAUAGAAGUUCUAACGAAUUGGUAUUAAGCCACUCCGAAGAUGAUAUGUCAGAUACAGGUUCACUUUUUGACUACACAGAAGAACAGAAGCAUAUUUUCGAGGAAUCUAAAAAAGUAUCUGAGUGGAAGUCGAAUUAUACUAGUGUUAUACCCAAAAUAGAUAAAUUUGAUGCUAAAGUAAAAUUGGAGGAGAGUGCGGAUAGUUUUUCGAGAGCUGACGUUUCUGAUCGUAGCAAUAUGGAUGCAAGUAAUUUAUGUAACGAAAAUAUCGAUUUGGCUGGUAGAUCGGUAACCCCGGAGCCAGUGAAAGAAACUGUGUCAGAAUCGCAGAAGUCCGUUACUCCUGAGAAUCGUAUCAACAUUUUACAAACAAUCAGUAAAGAUUCCAUAAAAAAGUCUCAUAAAAAAAUUAAAGAUAAUAAUAAAAGGAGAUUGUUCAGUCCAAAAGUUUUACAAGAUAAACUCGAUGCUACGGAAAAAGAAGAGAAUGCAAAAUGUUUGGGAAACUUUGAACAGUAUGAAAGUACAGAAGAAAAUAAAAUAUCCGUAGAGGUGAAUAAUCCUGAUGUAUCAAGAGACGAGCGAUCAUCUACUCCUGACAAGGUGAGUUCUAGCAGACUUUUAUUGUCGCAAUUUAGUUCUGUCAAAAAGUCCCAUAAAAAGGACAAGCAUAACAAAAUAUUAUGUGGAUUUUUAAAACGACAAGAAUACUUCAAUAAAGAUAUGGAUUUAGUAACAAAUAACAAAUACGAGCAACGAACAUUUAAUGAUGAAAUAUCCGAAUGUAAAAACAGCAUUGAAGAUUUUCCUUCGGAUUUAGAUGUUGUUAGAAAUAUCGAGGAUUCUACAUCUUUAGUGGCAUCUGCCAGCUUAAGUUCUUCUCUGGAUAAAUUAUCUCCGAGCAAAAGGAAGAAGCCACAGAAUAUAUCGCUGGAUCAUGAGAAAAAUGUGUCAUAUGAUUUUGAACUACAAGAAUUGGAUACAUCGAAAGAAGAAUUUAAAAUUUUCACGCCUCUUAAAAGGAAAAGAUCAUUAUUUGCAUUUACAGUUGCUAAGGAAUAUACGCAUUUUUACGAUUUAGCAUCUGAAAAAAAUGAGCGUUCGGAUGACACUGUGGGGAGCAUUAGCUUUUCACGGUGUUUAACACCUGUACUAAAUUUUCCGAAUAGUUGCGUAAAGUUAGAAAAAGAUGAUAUAAUAACAAAGUCCGAUGACAAUGCUGACAAUGAAAAUGUAGAGGAGGUAUACGAUUCGAAUUGCGAUUCGAACGAUGUAACGGGCAGAUUGACUCCAAGAAAUAUGUCGACUACAGAAUUGUAUCCUAAUCUGGAUUCCAUUAAAAAAUCUCACAAAAAGAAUAAACGUGGAAACAGCUCGCGAAAAAUGUUCAAUGCAAUGAAAAAUAAUCAUUCCAUAGAUGAGAAACAUGAGACAUCGUUAGAAAGUGUUGGGAAUGAAAUGUAUAAUCCAUUAGAAUUUUCAAAUGAUUGCGUUAUCGCUGAUGAUGUGAUAAAUAAGCCGAUGUACGACAAAUCGGUCAAUAACGUGGAAAAUUUGAUGAACCAUACGACUGAUGAUAAUCAGAAUUGUCCAAGUACCAGCGCGGAAAAUAUAUCAACGACCGUGACACCACCGAAUUAUUUAAAGACGAAAGCUUAUAUGAAGUUGUUACAGGAAACUUCUAUCAAACGAUCACAUAAAAAGAAUCGAAAUAAAAGGAAACAAGAAUUGGUAGUCGAUACGAACGAGUUAUCGGACGAUGGAUCAAUAUUUGGCGAUGAAGAAAAGUCAUGUUUCAUCGAAGAUAGAUCCGCGCAUGAUUAAUAAUAAUCGAGUUGAUGAAACGAUUCUAUACGAUACGUUUUUAAAUGUAGCCUACUGGUAAGUGCAGCUGUAACGAUUCAUGCUUACGAUCAUUACAUAACGUGUACGUUGAAACCAGCUUAUAAACAUUUUGUACAAGAAGCGUUUGAGAACCUUGCAGAAUUAUUUUUGUAACUAGAAAGUGUACAUUUAACUAAAUCUUAAAACUUCGUUCGGUUCAAUUCAAUCACUAUCUGUAAUAUGAUCUUUGUUUUUCGUUCUAUAAAAUUUCUAGUGUGUAACAUCAUAGGACCUAUCAUCUAUAUAGGUAUAUGUAAUUAGUUUACUAUUGGAUAUACAUUUAUUAGAAGCGCUCGUGUUAUAUCGUGGAAUCGAACGCGUGCACUGUGUAUCAGAAAAGUGUCAACCUAUGAUAAUACUAUACAGCCGUGUUACACGUUUCUAUAUUAUUAUGUGAAUUGAAAUUGAAUUAUUUAUAUUGAUUCUAUGACCCUUUGUUUUCGAAAUUUUACUUGCUUUUAUAUGAUUACCUAUUCUAAUAUAUCCUUUAUUAUUACAUAUAUGUAUUUCUCGGAUAUGUUGUUAAUAAUGAUAUAUGUAUAUGUAAAGUAAUACAGUAUAGAAAUAAGUAGGAUCUCCUUCUUAUCCUUGUUAGUUGUUUCUCUAAUAUCUGCAACAUUAGUCUCGUACAAAUUUCGUUUAUUUUCGUUAAAUCAUUUGUUCGAUUCAUCGUUUCGGAUAAAUAUAAUAUAGGAUAAAUAUAAUAUAGUAUCUUGUAAAACGUCACAUUUUAUAUUGACAAUGCACGAUAUCAGUAAUUGUUACAAUAUUUGCUUAUGUUAAGGGUGCAAGACGAUUUAUUAAUUAAGCUAAGUACGACAGUUGUUAUAACGACAUCUCGAAAUUGACAUUAACGCUAGUAUAUAUAUUUCUUUCCUUUUCUCUGUUCCUUUUCUUUAUUGAAUUUGUCAUUUUUAUUUUUUCUGUCCUCGUUCGUGCUUUCCUUCCUUUCCCAUUUUAACAAUCUUACUAAUUUUAAAUACAUCUUAUUAACUGGUACUACUAGGUAAUAGUAAGGAAAAUAAAAUAAAACUGAUAAAAUAAUAAUAAAUAGUAAAAUAACGAGGGGUAAACUUGAAAGAUAUUCAUCUUUGUGGCAAUAUGCGCGUGCAUUAUGAUACUGUGUAUAGUACAUAUAUGAUGGUGAUACAACGUAGAAAUGAACAUUGUGCAAUUGUGCAUUAAGUUCGAGUUUCUCGCUUGUAUUCUCCCCUAUAAUGUCUUCCUUUUCGAAUGUGUACACGCGACGUGAGAACGAGAUUAAGAUAGUAUUAUCUACACUCAACGUAAAUCUUCGAGUAUAAAUUAAUAUACGUGAUUUGUACAUGAUAAAAGAACUGUAAAGGACGAUGUUUAGCCUACUUAAGUACGAAUCUCAUUUGCGUAUGCACGAAUUUGACCGUAAGAUUUCUUCCAAUUAGUAUCAGCCGUUUUAAUGAAAAAGCAACCGAUAUCGUACAAAGUUUAUGGAACUUGAAGCUUAUUCCUUGAAUUCUAUUUCUAUGAGAUUUGAAAUAAAUAUCGAUAAACGCCUGCAUAUAGCGUAUAAUUUCGAACCUUUGAACGUUAUGUACGCGCGAGUAAUGUAACUGACUUUUGGAUUAGAAAUAAUAAACGACUGAAUUGUUUACUGUUCGGACAUCUUUGCGACGAUAAUCGUAAGUUAUACCUAUUUUCCAUUAAAUUUUAAUGACAAUUUAUAUAAAUACGUAAGUUAUGUUUAUCUGCGCUUGGCAUCUCAAUGUUGAGUUAUUUGAUCAUAAGGUGACUUCGAUGUAAUGUCUUGGGUCAAGAUUUUUUAUAAUCUCGCAUUUCAAAUGAAUUGUUUGAAUACCACGUUGAAACUGAAUGCAAAAUAAAUAAAGUAAGGAGUAAUAACAAUAAAAUCUAUAGUAAGUAAUA